AUGGCUCAGAUCGUGCUUCUAGUUGUUGUCUGUGUGAUGUAUUCAUGGAAAACACACGGGUCCAGUGCUGUGACAACUGUGUUUGUGCAGAAAGGGAAGGAUUUACAUCUGGAUGUUAAGGAACUUCUUGUUCUAGGAAAGGACGAUGAAUUUAGUUGGACAUACAAUAAAACUUCCAAUGUAGUGAGAUUAUUUCAUGAUAAAAAAAAUAAAAUAAGUGACAGUUAUAAAGGAAGGGUUGAGUUUUCUGUUCAAAAUCAUUCUUUACUUUUGAAGAACGUGCAACACAGCGACAGUGGAGAUUACACUGCACUCAUAAAUGGGGACAAUAUCCAAUGUGUAGCUGAAUAUAGGGUCAUAAUUCAAGAUCCAGUGUCUCCAGUUCAGCUGUCAGUGAACUCUGUGUCUAACAGCAGAGAGUCCUGUAACCUCACUGUGACCUGUAGUACAGAGGACUCUCUCAUCAACAGCACUUUUACAUGUGACACCCAAACCUGCCAUCAGGAGGGAGGAGAGCAGUCAAAGGUCACAACCUCUGGUUCUUCUCUCCGUGUCUACCUGUUGAAUGACUCCAUCAUCUGUAACCAUAGUAACCAGGUGAACUGGACCAGAGAAAUGAAAAAGAUUCGGCCUCUCUGCUCUCUGAAUGCUGGUGAGAAUCCAGUGUCUCCAGUUCAGCUGUCAGUGAACUCUGUGUCUAACAGCACAGAGUCCUGUAACCUCACUGUGACCUGCAGUACAGAGGACUCUCUCAUCAACAGCACUUUUAGAUGUGACACCCAAACCUGCAAUCAGGAGGGAGGAGAUCAGUCAGAGGUCACAACCUCUGGUUCUUCUCUCCGUGUCUACCUGUUGAAUGACUUCAUCAUCUGUAACCAUAGCAGCCAAGUCAGCUGGACCAGAGACAUAAAGGAGAUUCGGCCUCUCUGCUCUCAAAAUGCUGGUGAGACUGAAAGACAAAACAACUAA